AUGCGGAGACUAGUCUGUCUCGGGCUGCUGCUGCACUUGAUCGGACCCAAUCCGACAGCGGCUGCGGCUCCACAUCGUUUGCAUCGCAGCGGUACCGGCGUCGUUGACGGCGAUCGCGCCAAGUGCGAGCCGCUACUCGUGCCCGCCUGCCGGGGUCUGCGUUACAACCUCACGGCCAUGCCCAACUUCAUGGGCCACGAGGAUCAGCUGCAGGCCGAGCGAGCGCUGGGCCCGAUGAUGUCGCUGGUCAGGUCCAACUGCUCGCGGCACUUGCGCUUCUUUCUCUGCUCGGUGUUCGCGCCCGUCUGCUCGCCGCACGUGGCCAUGCGCAUCCCGGCCUGCAAGCCGCUCUGCCUGAGGGUGCGCGCCGACUGCGACCUGGCGCUGGCCGAGCUCGAUCUGCCCUGGCCCCACAUGCUCGACUGCGAACGCUUUCCCGACAUAAGUAACACGGUAUGCGUUCAGCCUCCGCCCGAGGAAACGCUCUGGCUCGACGAUGAGACGCCCAGUUUGGAUCAACAGCAGCAGUCGGGGGAAUCGUCCGUACGCAACGACGAGGUCACCGACGACGACGUCAAGUUCCAGCAGUUGGAGCAGUGGCCGAUUCUGAAGUCGGUCGAGGGUCGGUCGCGCGAGCCAUUCGCGCCGCUACUGCUUCCGGCUAAUUCGCCCGCGAUGACGAGCGACGACGACGACGACGACGACGACGACUUGGCAGAGAGGUCGUGCCCGCUUCACUUCACCGAGAUAACUUACCUCAACGAGAGCACGUGCGUACCCCGUUGCGGCGAGGACGCGCACUAUCGCGCCGAGGACAAGCGCUUCGUCGAGCGCUGGACCAGCGGCUGGGCCUGGCUCUGCUUCUUCUCGACCCUCUUCACCCUGCUCACUUUCUGGGUCGAGCCGGCCCGAUUCCGCUAUCCCGAGCGCCCCGUCGUCUUUCUCGCGCUCUGCUACAAUCUGCUCGCGCUGACGUACGUAGUGCGCGGCGCCCUCGGACCCGAGAGCCUGAGCUGCGCCUGGCGCGACAACGGACCAAGCUAUCUGCCCGUCAACGACGGUCUGAAGAGUCUGCCGUGCGCUGCCUGGUGGCUGGCGAGCUAUUACUUGAGUUUGGCCAGCAGCGUCUGGUGGGCCAUCAUGUGCGGCUGCUGGCUGCUGAGCGCCCGACACGAGUGGAGCAGCGAGGCGCUGCACAACAUCGCCGCUUACCUACACGCCUCGGCCUGGGGACUGCCGCUCCUACUGACGAUCGGUACCCUGGCCUCGCGCAACAUCUCGGCGGACGAGCUGACGGGCCUGUGCCGGGUGCGCGACGAGCUGGCCCCGUGGCUCGAGGUCCUUCCCAACGCCGCCCUCCUGCUGUGCGGCUGCGGCCUCGGCGGUCUGGCCGGCGCAGCUCUGGUCCGGGUGCGCCGGGCCGUGCGCCAGGCCGGCCGCAGCGCGACCAAGCUCGAGCGCCUGAUGACGCGCCUCGGAGUAUUUGCCGUCGUGUACGCCCUGCCCGCCCUGGGACAGCUCGCCUGCACCUAUCGCGAGGCACGUCUGCGACUCGAGUGGCGCGCCGCGGAGACCACGACGACUACGACGACGAUCGCGGUGGACUGCGACAACGACGACGAUCUCGACUGCCACGAUGGCCGAUCCUCGUCCGCGGUCGCCGCCGCCGCUGCUAACCUGGACAACUUCAAAGCGGCCGGCCUCGAGAUCGCCCUGCUGCGGAUCUUCCUGUCGCUGGCCAUCGGCAUCGCGUCCGGCAUGUGGGUCUGGUCCGGCAAGACUUGUCGCGCUUGGAGUCGUCUAUUGGCCGCCCCGAGCAAGCCGCCGAGACUGCAGCAGGCGACGGCGCACCAUCAGCUGCACAGGCAUCCGAGGCCGUUCAACGGCUUCAAGCAUCAUGCAGCGGCCAUCGACGUCGCCUAAUUUUUAUUUUUUACCUCAUCCUUGCUCUGUACAGUUGUAAAUAUCUUGUAACAAAGAUCGUUGUCUUAUUAAUUGUUAUUUACUUUUGUAUCUUACUUUUUUAACGAGACCAAAAUAUACUUAGAGUGUUCGAAGCAAUCAAAAUCUGUUGAAAUACAUGACAUUUUUGCAGAGAUUUUAACGUUAGUUAAACGUGUAUUCAAAUUAUUGUAAGGACAGUUUUGUAAGAGAAGUGAAUGUUAAAAAACUUGAAGAAUA